CCAUGCUGAAGCCAUGGCUGAAGCAUGUGUUGUUGAAGGGACUGAUGAGCCAUGUGACAUAUCGCCGUUCUACUCACCAACAGCCGUUGACAGUGACUGGAACAUGUGGACUUAACAUCAGAUAACAGGGGAGAUGUGUGUACAGUUACUUCCUUAAGACAAUGCUGCUUAUCUAAGACUGUCACCACCAUGGAUGUUUUUCGUUUACCAGAAGAAGUAUGGAUGGAAGUUUUCAAAUAUCUGUCAAAGUCAGACAAAUUGAAUGUUCGCUCUUGCUGCACAUAUUUCAAGCGGCUGGUAGACCAUCGUUCUCUUUGGAAGAACGAGACCAUUGUUCUACGAAGAGUCAAGUCGUACAAGUCAAAUUUCUGGAAGACCCUAAGUUUCAGGAUGCUGACUAGUGUCAUCGUCUAUGAUGCCAAUGAAAAAGAGUGGAAAAAGAUUGUUACUUCCCUACCAUGGCUCAGGUCUGUUAUAGUAGAUUUAUCAAAUGUCGACUCAGAUGAUCUGACGAAUCUAAGCAGUUUGAGGGAUUUAAAAACGUUGACCCUCCGUUUUGUGAGUGAUAGAUCUGGUCUGGGAAAGAGCUUGACAUUGCUCCCCCAGCUCGAGCAACUUUCUGUGUGUUUCUACAUCGCCUUCGAUCCCGUCAGGACAGGACUUCUGAAUGCCAUAUCUCAGCUCUGCAACCUGACAUCGCUACGUCUUCACGUGGGUCGUGAUCCCAUUCCUAAACAGACACUCCACGCCAUGUUGAGGAGCUUACCCAAGCUUAAACAUCUUUCUCUCAGAAUGUGGACAGGCCAGGCUCUCCCUGACGACUACUUGAAUUUGUCCGGAAAAGAUUUGGGUUCACCAGAUCUACACGAUGGAAAUGGUCUCACCAGCCUUGAGCUUCUGAACUACUUGGAUCCCAUGUUGUCACCUAUGGCUCUGGACCAUCUGCCCUUUCUAGAGAGUCUGACAGUGAAGUACGACACUACGGUCAAAGGGCGAGGCCACUUGAGAUCAUGGCUGAAGAGUCUAACCCACCUCACAGAGCUUACUGUUAAAAAGGGUCAUCCAUUCCGUGGCUAUGCUAGGUCUUUGCCAGGGACUUUGAGAAGUUUGUCUCUUACUGGUAUGGUGGUGACACCAGGGGCUUUGCCAUUGGCGGCAAAGAAAGUGCCAGACCUACAACACCUACACUACGAUCCAUUUGAUGUCAAAGGCGACAUCAUAGCUGAGAUCCCAAGGCUUUUCCCUCAGUUACAAACUCUGAAAAUCAGAUCCAACGGUAUGUCUGAGAGGGACUUGUUCAGGCUUGGAGAGAUGCGGCAAAUGAAGCGGCUGGUGUUUCUGGAUGGACGUAGUAACCGCAGCCCCAUAUCUUCAGAUUUGUUGCGCAGAUUUCAAGUCCUGACAGACUACAGAGUCCACGUGGUUCUUUCAGGUGAAGCGACAGACCAGGCUGCCUGUCUUUGCGACUUUUUCUGAUUGUACAUUUUUUGUAUUUUUCCCAUAUUGUCUAUUUUGUUAUAUUUGAUAACAAUAUUUGUUCUGCUGCAGCAUUCCUUUGGUGAAUAAAGCAAGUUAACAAAUUAACUGAUUAAUGCAAGUUUGUUUAAAUCAGAAAAUUUGAGUUAUGUCUUUGCAACAUUUUGUGAUUGUACAUGUUUUACUCAGAUUUUGUAUAUCAGAUUUUUAAUUUUUUCCCAUAUUGUCUAUUCUGUCAUAUUUGAUAAUAAUAUUUGUUCUGCUGCAGCUUUGGUGAUUAAAGCAUGUUGACAAAUUAA